AUGCAACAGUCCACCGCAAUUUUGAAGUUUACCACAAGAUUCACCUUCCUGACCUCCAACCGCUCUGGAAUACCCCCUCUUCAUGACCUGACUGAAAAUGUCCAGAACAGGGGUGCAGCAAAUAUAUUGCUUGUUCUCUCCGCUGCUGAUCUCCAUUGGGAUGACCUCGUGCGACAUCUCACAGAUCACCAGGAUUGGCUCUCUCCAGUUACAGUCGUGUGCGGGCACAUUGUAUGGAUAACCAUCUGGGAUGGCCCUCACAUUGUGGCCCAGUGGUUCGAUGUUAGAUUCAUUAUCUGCAUUUACAGACGUCAAUAUACAUGCGACCCAUCUCAGAGAUAUCAGGGCCAUAAUGUACGCAGACUAUUGUGGUUGAGCGACUCUGACACAAAAGGAUGA